CGGCCGGGCCGGCUUCCGGUGGAGGGUGGUUUCCGGAGCGGAUCGGAACCUGGAGUCCGGAUUCGAUCCGGGUCGGAACAUUCCAAAAGCAGGGAACAGAGGACUGGCAUUACGGAUUCUUGUCAUUUUCAGAAUGUCUUCUUGUCUUGGCUCAGAAGAACGGUAUUUGCAGGUGGAGGGCGGAAUGAUGUGACGUGACUGUGCACCACACCAAAGCUGGCAGACCUCAUUUCAGGCUUGUGAAGCAAAGGCAUUGAGAAAUGAGUCUUCUACUUCAUGCUCAACUUGACACUUUAUGGCUGAGAGUUGUGUGGGAUCUGAGCUCAUUGUGUGAGGUUUCAAAAAUGGCAGAAGAUGGCAGCGAUGAGACCAUGUUUAUUUGGUGCGAGGAUUGUGGUCAGUACCAUGAUUCGGAGUGUCCUGAGCUGGGCCCCGUGGUGACAGUCAAAGACUCCUUUGUGUUGAGCAGGGCAAGGUCAUCCCUUCCUUCCAAUCUGGAGAUCAGACAACUAGAAGAUGGGACUGAAGGAGUAUUUGCAGUGACGCAGCUUGUCAAACGUACCCAGUUUGGCCCAUUUGAAUCCAAGAGAGUUGCCAAAUUGGAAAAGGAGUCAGCAUUUCCACUGAAGGUUUUCCAGAAGGAUGGGCCCCUGGUUUAUUUUGAUACCUCUAAUGAAGAUGACUGUAAUUGGAUGAUGAUGGUGAGAGCAGCCACUGAAUAUGAACACCAGAACCUGACUGCCUUCCAGCAUGACAAUGAUAUUUACUUCACCACCUCCCGGGACAUCCCACCAGGAACUGAGCUGCGAGUGUGGUAUGCAGCUUUUUACGCCAAAAAAAUGGAAAAGCCAGUGCUGAAGCAGGUCACUAGUAUUGCCAAUGUGAGCGCUCCAGAGAGUACUGGGACCCUUGAAGCGGAGUCCAGCCAGUGGACAUGUAAAGUGUGUUCAUCUGUUUUCCCGGAACCUCAGCUACUGACAGAACAUCUGUUGAGUCACCUGGAACAAGCCAAAGGAGUCCCUCAGACAAGCCAAAAUGAUGCAACUCCAGAGAAGCCUGCAGAGGCUCCCAUUGCUGAUCAGCCUGUGACUGGCGAAGGUGCUGGUGCCAACGUAGACUCCAGGAGGACUCCACGAAGGGGAAGAAAGCCCAAAGCAGCAAAAGCAGAAACACCUCUUGUCAUCACUGAAGAUAAAGACCCAGCAGUGGAUCGAGUAGCUGAAAUUAUAACAGAGAUCCCACCUGAUGAGGCAGCCCUUCCCUCUGCAGCAGAAGAGAGGAUUAUGGAACUGGUUUUAGGAAAGCUGCCAAGCACCACAAACAACAUCAGUUCAGUAACAAAUAGGUUUGCUCAUCACCAAAACACCAUGUCCCUCAAAAGAAGUUUAAUUCUCUCCAGUAGACAUGGAAUACGUAGAAAGCUCAUAAAGCAACUUGGGGAACACAAACGGGUAUAUCAGUGCAACAUCUGCAGUAAGAUCUUCCAGAACAGCAGCAACCUCAGCAGGCACAUCCGGUCUCAUGGUGACAAACUGUUUAAAUGUGAGGAAUGUGCAAAGCUGUUCAGCCGUAAAGAGAGCUUGAAGCAGCAUGUUUCAUAUAAACACAGCAGGAAUGAGGUUGACAGCGACUACAGGUACAAGUGUGCUACAUGUGAAAAGGCCUUUCGGAUAGAAAGUGCAUUGGAAUUCCACAAUUGCAGAACAGAUGACAAGACAUUCCAGUGUGAGAUGUGUUUCAGGUUCUUUUCCACGAAUAGUAACCUCUCCAAACACAAGAAGAAGCACGGGGAUAAGAAAUUUGCAUGUGAAAUCUGCAAUAAGAUGUUCUACCGGAAGGACGUCAUGUUGGAUCAUCAAAGGAGACACUUGGAAGGGGUGAGGCGUGUGAAAAGAGAAGACUUUGAGCACAGCACGGAGAACAUGGUGCGCUACAAGAAGGAACCCUCGGGAUGCCCUGUGUGUGGGAAGGUAUUUUCAUGCAGGAGCAAUAUGAACAAACACCUCCUGACACACGGAGACAAGAAAUACACCUGUGAAAUCUGUGGACGUAAAUUUUUCAGAGUGGACGUUCUUAGAGAUCAUAUUCACGUCCAUUUUAAGGACAUUGCACUAAUGGAUGACCACCAGAGGGAAGAGUUCAUUGGUAAAAUCGGAAUCUCAUCAGAGGAAAACGAUGACAACUCUGAUGAAAGUGCAGAUUCUGAGCCUCACAAGUAUAGCUGCAAAAGGUGCCAGUUAACCUUUGGCAGAGGGAAGGAGUACCUAAAACACAUAAUGGAGGUUCACAAGGAGAAAGGCUAUGGCUGUAGCAUCUGUAAUCGACGAUUCGCCUUGAAGGCAACUUACCAUGCUCACAUGGUCAUUCACCGGGAGAAUCUGCCUGAUCCAAAUGUGCAGAAAUACAUCCACCCAUGUGAAAUUUGUGGAAGGAUUUUUAACAGCAUCGGGAAUUUGGAACGACAUAAGCUUAUACACACAGGUGUAAAAAGUCAUGCGUGUGAGCAGUGUGGAAAGUCAUUUGCCAGAAAGGACAUGUUAAAAGAGCACAUGAGAGUCCACGAUAACAUCAGAGAAUACCUGUGUGCGGAAUGUGGUAAAGGAAUGAAGACAAAACAUGCUCUGCGUCACCACAUGAAACUCCACAAAGGGAUUAAGGAAUAUGAAUGCAAGGAAUGCCAUCGUAAAUUCGCACAGAAGGUCAACAUGCUGAAGCACUACAAAAGGCACACAGGAAUCAAAGAUUUUAUGUGUGAGCUCUGUGGGAAGACAUUUAGCGAGAGAAACACAAUGGAGACCCAUAAACUGAUUCAUACAGUUGGGAAACAAUGGACGUGUUCAGUCUGUGAUAAAAAGUAUGUCACUGAUUACAUGCUUCAGAAGCACAUCCAGUUAACUCACGAUAAGGUAGAAGCUCAGAGUUGUCAGCUCUGUGGGACAAAGGUUUCUACCAGAGCUUCAAUGAGUCGACACAUGAGGCGCAAACAUCCAGAGGUUCUUUCAGUUAGAAUUGACGAUUUAGAGCAGCUCCCAGAAGCUACCACCAUUGAUGCCUCCUCUAUCGGGAUUGUUCAGCCUGAGUUAACCCUGGAACAGGGAGAGUUACCCGAAGGCAAGCAUAUGAAAGCUCCUAAACGUGGCCAUAAGCGAAAGCAGAAGCCGGGUGAAGAGGAGGAAGUGCAAGUGCCUGAGGACCCUGCCUUCAAUGAAUACACAGAGAAAGAACCUGAAUUCACAGGGAAUGUGGGAGAUGAAACCAAUUCAGCUGUACAGAGUAUUCAGCAGGUGGUGGUGACCCUUGGCGACCCAAACGUCACGGCCCCUUCUAGUUCUGUUGGGUUGACAAAUAUUACCGUCACCCCGAUUACCACGGCAGCUGGAACCCAAUUUACCAACCUCCAGCCAGUGGCUGUGGGCCACCUGACUGCUCCUGAACGCCAGUUACAGCUCGACAAUUCAAUCCUUACUGUGACAUUCGAUACGGUCAGUGGUUCUGCCAUGCUGCACAAUCGCCAAAACGAUAUUCAGAUACAGCCACAGCCAGAGGCAGCCAAUCCCCAGUCUGUGGCCCAUUUCAUAAACCUGACAACCCUGGUGAACUCCAUUGCUCCUCUAGGGAACCAGAUCGCAGAGCAGCAUCCGCUGACAUGGAGGGCAGUGCCUCAGCCCGAUGUCUUGCCGCCCCAGUCGCAGCAAGCACAACAGCAGUCCGGACAGCCGCAAGUUCAAACAGAGCAGCAACAGCAGAUGUACAGCUACUGAGUGAUACUUGGCAAGGCUGGAGAAGGACUGGACUAUGAGACAAUUUUUAAAAAAAGUGGGAAACGAUAAGUGAAUGGUUUGCUGGAUACCAAACGGAGAUGGGAAAAAUGUUUAUACAAUGAAAUGUAAACUAAAAUUGGCAUAGCACCCUGCAACACUGUGGUCUUGAAAUUCACACACUAUUUCUAAACGCAGCACCACCUAGAAGUCUCGUUCUAAAUUCAGCACCCCAGUGUGGUGGUGUGUUUUGUGCAGUGAUGGUUCUGGGUUUUGACCAGAGCAUCGCAAUAGACCUUACACAAAGAGGGGAAAUCACAAAUAGUACAUACGACUAACCCCUCAGCCAUACAAUUUAAUUGUUUUCCAGUCUGGAAGGAAUGUAUACACUGAGCUGGGGUUCACUGGUUGUCACCUUCUAGAGACUGAAAUGUAAAGAUAUAAUUGAACCCCCAAAAAAGGAUUGUCUUGCUUUUUCCAUUCUUAGAAGGUCUUGUAUUUCUGGUAAAGUAAGGGUGAGGGUUGGGGCUGGAAGUGGGGGAAAGUCUAUGGGGUAAAAGAAAAUGUACCCAAUUUCACAAAGUAUUUCCAUUGUGGUGAUGGAAAAAUCUUUUAUCAGUAAAACAUGUCAGUGCUACCUGAAGCAAAUAGCCAGUCUGAUGUUAAAACAACUUUACUAGAAGACCAUAAAAGUUGUUUGAAUCAAACCGGUUAUGAGCUGAAACCAUAAUGUGAUAAAAUUUUAUGUAAUUUUGUCAAAAUUGCUCUUUCAAUAUUGCUUUUAGCUAGGAGGCUUGAAGAGCAAUCAGUCCCCUUUGAUCAAGUUCAGGAUGUGAAUUUACCAAUUAGUCUUCUUUCAUCAUGUAAUAAACAUUUGAGAAAGUAA